AUGAACACGGCAGUCUAUGUGACAAACCGAGUUCCAUGUGCUAGUCACCCGACUAAAACUCCAUUUGAGUUCAUCUUCGGGAAGAAGCCUGACCUCUCCGAGAUGUGUGUAUUUGGAUCAAAGGGAUAUGCACAUGUCGACAAGUCGAACAGGACCAAGAUGACCAAGAAGGCGAUUCGAUGUAUUUUUCUAGGUUACUCGGAUCAAAUCAAGGGGCUUCGAAUAUGGGAUGAAGAUGCCAAGAGGGUGACGCACACGAGAUCGGCUAAAUUCGAUGAGAGACCACCACUUCAGUACGUGCAACAUUACAGCAGAUCAAGUGACCAAGAGUUUCGCGCUGUUCAUGACGAAGACACUGUUUCUAUCGAUUUAGAACAGCCACGAGUCACGAAAGACAUGGACAUAGCAAUGGAGGACAGUCACAGUGUUCAAGAAGAGAGUCACAUGCAAGACAGGCGUACAACAACGAUGGCUCUACCAUCAAGAUGCAGUAGCAAGAUGCCUGAACACGUGGGUUCCAAUGCUGACGAUCCAAUGUUUGAAAUUGAUGAUGUGACGAUGAUUGAAGAAGAUCAAGAAUCGGCUGAAGAAGUGUCAAGACAAGGACAGAUGGUGAUACGACCAAGUCGACAGACAAGUAUUCACGCAUCGCAAGAAACCGCGAUGGUUCCACUAGAAUCGGUUCAACAUGGACAAUCUCAAGCGUUAAUACCAGUGAAUGGUGCUGAUGAGGACUUUUAUGACGGCUCAGAAGUGUGUCAAGAAAAAGGCACAAAGAGACUACGUAUUGGGUAUGAGCAAGCAUGUGCAGCGUUCGAGACCCCAACGACAUACGAAGAAGCUCUUAAGUCACCUCGUCGUGAUAAUUGGUACAAGGCCAUUCAAGCUGAGCUCAAGGCAUUAGAGGAAAAGGACACCUGGGCUGUUCAAACACAGCGUCCAAACCAGAAAGUGAUUGGAACCAAGUGGGUGUUCGCACUCAAACGAAACGAGCUGGGUGAGAUUAUUCGAUACAAGGCACGUCUUGUAGCACUUGGCUACAGGCAGACGUAUGGAGUUGACUACAUGGAGACAUAUUCACCUGUGGCAAACCUCAACUCAAUACGGGUGUUUUUGGCGGUGUGCUGUCAAAAGGGGAUGUUGAUUCAUCAAUAUGAUGUCGACACUGCUUUUCUGUAUGGCGUUUUGGAAGAAGAGGUAUACGUAUACCCUCCUCUGGGUGUUCGUGCAGAACAUAAUCAAGUGCUUAAGCUGAAUCGCAGUCUGUAUGGGCUGAAACAAGCGGCCGCUACAUGGUACAAGACAAUUUCGUGUGUGUUUGUGGAGAUGGGGUUCUCUUCAUGCGUGGCAGACUCAUGCAUUUUCGUCAAAGAGACCAAGGGCUCGUGGAUUUACGCUGCAUUAUAUGUGGACGACCUUCUAAUUGGGGCUGAAUCUACUGGAGUGAUGGAAGAUGUGGCAGCUCAACUAUCAAGUCGUUUCCAGUUGAAGAUACUAGGGGUGUUCGAUACGUUCUUGGAAUCGAAGUCAAGUACCUGCGCAACAAUCGACGUCUGA